CCAGUGCUUCAGGGAGACACAGAGUGGCCAGUGCGGGGCGACGAUGUGACGGAAAGUUGUCCCGGUCGGUACCGCAGCAUCAACGGACACGCGAAUCGGACGCAGACGACGUUUUAGACCACCCCCAUCCCCUCAAAGGGAGGGGUGGGAGAAUUAACGUUAAACCCCGAUAUCCUUUUACAGCCACCCCACUUCUGCCAAUGCCAGCCAUGAUCGAGAAGGGGGCAGAGGGGUCGGGCAAAAGGAGGGGUAGGAAUAACGCUGCCGGUAACAAAAGUUUGGCAGCGAAUGGCAACGGCAACAACUCCUGGGAGGAGGGCAGCUCGACCUCAUCCAGUGAUGAUGAGCAUGGUAGCGGCGGUGUGAGAAUCGGGCCCCAGUACCAAGCCGUGGUGCCAGACUACGAUCCGGAGGUCGCUAAAAGCUGCCUGCUACGUGAGGACCUUGGCAUGUUGGUGUGGUCCCCCAAUCCGAACCUCUCAGAAGCCAAAUUGGAUGAAUACAUUGCUGUUGCAAAAGAAAAACAUGGUUACAACAUGGAGCAGGCUCUCGGCAUGCUUUUUUGGCAUAAACAUGAUAUGGAAAAAUCCCUGGCAGACUUGCCUAAUUUUACUCCGUUCCCAGAUGAGUGGACCGUGGAAGACAAGGUCUUAUUUGAGCAGGCCUUUAGUUUUCAUGGAAAAUCAUUUCACAGAAUCCAGCAAAUGCUUCCUGAUAAGUCUAUUGCCACUUUGGUCAAAUUCUACUAUUCCUGGAAGAAGACUCGCUCUAAAACCAGCGUGAUGGACCGCCACGCUCGCAAACAAAAACGAGAACGCGAGGAAAGGUUAGGUAGAUCCUUACUGAAGGGCAGUGCAAACAUGGCAGCCUCUGUGGAGCUCUUGGACUUGAAAAGUGGGGAUGAGAUGGAGGAAGCCAAUGGAAGCAACGCAAUGGAGAUUGAUGCAGAACUCCAACCAAAAGAACCCAAGAAAGAGGUUCCCAAAAAUGACACCGUGCCUCACGUGAAAAAAGAAAAACACCCAUCGCAGGCUAAAAACCGGGCCAAACGAAAACCCCCAAAGGGGAUGUUUCUCUCCCAGGAAGAUGUUGGCGCGGUUUCUGCGAAUGCGAACGCUGCUACCACCGUGUUACGGCACCUGGACAUGGAACUCGUGUCUAUAAAGAGACAGAUUCAGAACAUCAAACAAAAUAAUAGCUCUCUUAAAGAACAACUUCAGGGUGGAGUUGAAGAAUACAAGGUGGCGGAGGCUAAUCAGAAGUUUAAUGCUCGUUGGACAACAGAAGAACAGCUUCUUGCUGUGCAAGCCAUCCGUAAAUACGGGCGCGACUUUCAGGCCAUCUCUGACGUGAUCGGAAACAAAUCCGUGGUGCAGGUCAAGAACUUCUUUGUGAAUUAUCGGCGGCGCUUUAACAUCGAUCAGGUGCUGCAAGAAUGGGAGGCAGAGCAUGGAAAAGCCGAGGAGAACGGAGACUGCCCCGCAAAGCGUAUAAAGCUGUCGGACACGGCUGUGAAAACGUCUGAUGAAGAGGAUGAGGCUUCUCCCCUUGAUAUCAGCUAUGCAUCUGGCUAAGUAAAAAAGGACAGAGAAAACUCAAAAAAAAAUUUAAAUAAAAAAAAAAAAAACUGCCCUGAUGGACGAACGAACAGACGGAAACAGAAGGAGUUUUAGUUUAGGCUUCUCCUCUUGAUAUUAGUUAUUCAUAUGGCUUAUAAGAAAAAAUAUUAAAAUAAAAAAACAAAAAAAAACAGCUGUGACGGACAGGUGGAAACAGAAGACAUUUUUAGUGUAGACUCCUUUGCUUUCUUAGGCUUCUCCUUUUGAUAUUGGUUAUUCGUCUGGCUUAUAAGAAGGAAACAGAGAAAAAACGCCCCCAAAGAAACUAAA